AUGGGUAUCGAACUGGAUACACCAAAUCCACUCAUAUUCCUCCACUCCCCACGACACACAGACAUGGGUAUCGAGCUGGAUACACCAAAUCCACUCAUAUUCCUCCACUUUCCACGACACACAGACAUGGGUAUCGAACUGGAUACACCAAAUCCACUCAUAUUCCUCCACUCCCCACGACACACAGACAUGGGUAUCGAACUGGAUACACCAAAUCCACUCAUAUUCCUCCACUCCCCACGACACACAGACAUGGGUAUCAAGCUGGAUACACCAAAUCCACUCAUAUUCCUCCACUUUCCACGACACACAGACAUGGGUAUCGAACUGGAUACACCAAAUCCACUCAUAUUCCUCCACUCUCCACGACACACAGACAUGGGUAUUGAGCUGGAUACACCGAAUGCACUGCAUAUGGUAGCGUAG